AUGUUUCGCAGUUGUAUGGUGCAUUACCAACUACGCCCAUAUCUAUAUGCUCAACAUUUCACCCUGUACACCGAUCAUCAUCCAUUAUGCUGGCUAAAUACACUAUCAUCCAAGAAUGGGCGAUUAGACCGCUGGUCAUUACAAUUACAAGAAUAUACAUUCGAUAUUAAACAUGCAGCUGGCAAAUCUAAUUGUGUGGCUGAUUAUAAUAAGAUUAAAUUCAUUCAUGAUCAAUUAAACACUGGCAAACACGUGAAAUCAUUUGUAUUGGAAAAUGGUGUUCUGCAUAAAUUAUUACCUCGUCACGGGCAAGGGACCCUCAAAUUACCCUACAUUCCAGUAUCAAUGACACAAGAUUUAUUAGAAGCAUGUCACGAUCAUGUAACUAGUGGACAUUUAGGUGUGACUAGAAUAUGGCAUAAAAUACGUAACAGAUAUUAUUGGCCCGGCAUGUAUAACACCAUCAAACAAUAUGUCACCUCAUGCUCAAAAUGUCAACAAUUUAAAGUUUCACGGGUAAAACCAACUGGCACAUUACAGCCAAUUGAAGUAACAACUGGUGUAUUAGAUUUAAUGGGAUUAGAUUUUAUUGGCCCUGUUCCACAAUCAACAUCUGCAAAUUGUACAGCUGAAACAGCAGCCAAAUUCCUCGUGGAAAAAGUGAUAUUACAAUAUGGCGUGCCGAAACAACUAAUUACCGAUCAAGGCACCCAUUUCAUGGCCAAUGUCUUUGAAACCAUCUCCUCAAGGUGUGGAAUCAGUCAUAUCAAAACAACAACAUAUCAUCCACAAACAAAUGGCUUAACAGAACGAUUUAAUGCAACACUAGCCGGCUCCAUUGGUACCUAUGUCAAUCAACAACAAACUGACUGGGAUGAGUAUUUACCAUUUGUGACAUUUGCAUACAACACCUCCAAGCAAGCAACUACUUAG